AAUUUCCUUAAAAGUGAAAACACCGCAUACAGUUGUUGUCAUACAGUUCUUGCCAUGCGUACAACUCUAUUUCAAUUGAUUUCAAUGCUGCAUACACGGAGGACCCUACGUGCAAUCAAAAUGGCUUCCAGACUGGUACAGUAUGUGGUUGUGAGAAGGGACUUAAUGGAUACUCUAAACUGGCCAACUGGGGCUGUGAUUGCACAGGCAUGUCACGCAUGCAUAGCUGCAAUUCAUGUGUUUUAUUCCGAGGAGUCGACAAAAGAGUAUUUGAAAGAUCUACAGUCAAUGCACAAAGUUGUUCUAGAGGCGAAGGACCAAGAAUCACUGUCAACAUUAUCAAGGACUUUGACAGAUAAUGACGUUGAUCACAAAUUAUGGGUUGAACAGCCUGAGAAUUUUCCAACAUGUAUUGCAACUAGACCUUAUCCAAAGGAUGCGAUUCAAAUCCACUUCAAGAAAUUUAAAUUAUUUAAGUAGUUGCUAUAGUAAUGUUAACAUUUUAUGGUGCCACCAUGCUAUCAAAUAUCAAUUUUUAGAUGCCUGUUUAUGGAUUUCCAUAGCUCUUAGUGUCUAAUCCAAAAUCCAUGGGUAUAUGAUUGGUUACAUGACAAGGAAAGUGGCAAUUGCACUCAAGACUAUAAAGGACUUGCUUGGGGCUUGGAUGACAAAGGGUUUUAAAUACCAACUUUGAUGAUAGUUCUAUCAAUUAGAAGUAGUGCAUGAAGUAAUAGAACCAGAUGAAACCUGCUUUUACCUGUAAAAUAUUCAGUGGCUGAAUAUUCACAUGUUACAAAUUCACUGACAUGUCGACUCUCCCAGUUUUGUCAGGAUACUCCAAGUUUUGCUUAAUUUCUCCUGUUAUUUGAAAUCUGCUCAGUGUUUUCCCCUUUCCCAACUUUCUUAAUGACAACAAUUUUUUUAAAAUGCCUAUGAAUUAUCAAAAAAGACUUAAAAUUAUUAAUUGUUUCUCAUGAUUAAUCUUGUGAUACACUGUUUGCACAGCAUAGUGUUUUACUGGUAUGUUGUUUGUACAGUUUCAGCAAAUUCCAGUGAUCUCCCAGUUUUUGGUAAAAUCUCAAUUUUUCUUAAAAAAAUUAAAAUGUACAGGUUUGAAAAUUUUAAAGUGAUUUUAAAGGGAGUUUGCGUGUUUGCAAAUUCUUUGAAUACUUGAUCCAAAACAGUAUAUUUAUUUUUAACACAUCUACUGAAAGUUUAGAAGCUGUUUUUUGAUAAUUUCUUAAGUGUAAAUAGAUAUAUUCAAAACGCCAAGCUCAUAUAUAGUAGUAAGUUUUAGGUGAUAUAAAGAGAAAGCAACACCAAAAAUAAACAUGAUGUAAAUAACAAGACUCUAAAAGUGAAUCUAAUAAAAUUUUAUGCAUAUCUUAGAAGAUAAACUUAACUGGUGUUGAUAAUGUCACAGUAAUUAAAAGCUGAAUGAGUAGUUUCGAUUGUUUAAAAUAAUUUAAAAAGAUAUUGCAUAAUACCUUUAUUUAAAACAGUCCAGAAAACAGAGAGAUAAUACAAAACCCCUUUUUGCACGACAUAAUAGUUCAUAUUUUUUAAAUCUUGUGGUACCAAAAGCUUUUAUGCUUGAGUUGGGCAACUAAAAGGUUGAAUGUUGGCUUUAUAAAUGUGUUAUUGGAAAGCAGCAUCACUUACUCAAAGUGCUGGUGGCAAUAAUUUAUCAGAAAUUUCGGGUUUGGCAUUAAUAGACUUAAAAUGCAAGUAGAUUUUGGUUGGCUAUAAUAUCAAAUAUAUCACAAGCCACAACUAGGUCCCAAAAUAUUGAGAUAAUUUUUCUCUUAGUUCCAAAAUGUUGAGUGUCUAAUUGCAGUUUCAAAGUUACUUCCAGUAUUAGGAAAUAAUGUAUCUAAAUAUAGAAUACACAAUAAAUUGCAGUUUAUGAUUUUGUUUACAAUACAACAGUUCAGUACUUGUUAAUUCCAAAUAGCCGGACCUUGUACAGUUGAGGCAACUUUGGUAUUACUGCAAGUGCAAGCGUGCUGAAAUUUAGAAUAAAGUGCCAUUGGCUGUAACCAGAGUAGAAGCUUGCCAAUAUGAACCUUUGUAAAGAGAUACAAGAGAGUCAAUAAUACUGCAUUGACUAAAUUAACUGCUGUUUACUAAAAUUUGAAACUGAAUGAGAGGAACAUCAGACAAUUAUCAAUUUUUGUACUAAAAGGCACAACAUAAUAUUUUCAUAUAAAAAUCAUUUAUAUUCAAAUUCACAAUCCAAGAAAGGGCAAGCUUUAAGCCAUGCGUGGUUACAAGGCAAAUGCUACAAAAAAGUGAACAGUGGAAGCACAAGAUUUGUUCAAGCUUGUCUUAAAAACUGAAGGUGAGCAAAUUUGUUCAAAACUAACUCCAUUUUCGAUUUUUUUCACUGGCAACACAAAAUUAAAAAUGAUUCAUUCAGCUCAAUGGCAUGAUUUGCAAUGGACUAACACAUUAUUAAUUGCCUUUGCUUUUGUUGGUCAAACGGGGGCUGCUUUUGGUUUUCAUUUGCUAAAGCUAUUUUGUCUGUUUUUUCUCAACUUUGCUGAACAGAGCUGUAACCUUGUCACAGUUCUAAAUUCACUAAAACGUUUCUAUGUCGCACAGUUACACAAACCUCUCUAUGGUUUGUGGAAAUUGCUCUUUUUGGAAUAAAGACAAAUGGGAAGAUAUCAUGAGAGAGCUCGGAUAAAUGCCUCAAAUAAAAAAGGAGAAUGAAAAUAAAUCAUCCAAAAACCAUCCAAACUUAACAAAUCUACAUCUACAGCCAAUUCGUCGGAAUCAGACAGUGAUGAUAGAAUCUAGAAACUUGGCCUUGCGAGGGAAACAUAACUAUAUAUACAAUGUAGCAUUUGUUAAAGUUUUGUUAAGUUUAGCGCUUAAAUAGAAAAAACUUUAAUGUGCUGUGUUAUCAAAUAAAUUUGAAUCCUACACUCCACUGUAAUCAUGCGAGUUUUUUGCAGGGCACCUUCAUUUUUGAACGUGAAAGCCCUGAAAGCCCAGAUGUAACAAAUCCAAAAACAAACUUUUGUACUUACAGCACAACUGGGACGAACAUCAAGAAUUUUCUGGUGGUAGUGUACAUCUCUCCAUGAUCAAUUUGCUCCCAGUGGGUAAGGGUUCUAGCUUGGCCUUGAUCAAAUGUUUGGAAUGGGGCUCCUUUCACAUGGUGGAGCAAGAAAUAAUUUCCC